AUGGGUUGUAAUAUUGCAUCAUUAAAAAAGAUUAAGGAAGCAGCCUCGGAGGAGGAGACUAACAAGAAGGUGCUAUUUUUAGGUCUGGAUAAUGCUGGCAAGUCAACCCUUUUAUUCCAGUUGAAAGAUAACUAGUUCAAGGAUACAGUGCCAACUGUGGGUCUUAACGUGGAAUCUAUCAAGUAUCGAGGAAUGAAUUUUACUCUAUGGGACGUUAGUGGCCAGGCGACUCGUCUUUGGAAGCACUACUUUGAUAAGAUUAACGCUAUAAUAUUUGUGGUUGACAGUUCAGACAAAGAUAGAAUGCAAAGGGCAAGUGAUGAGCUUCAUAAAGUCAUUGAUGAUCCAGAGUUGAUGCAUGCUCCUAUUCUUAUCUUUGCUAAUAAGCAGGACAUAGCUGGCUCUAUGAAUAAGGACGAGGUAUAUACUGCGCUUAGGCUGACUGAAAUAGUGGAAUAGAGAAAAAAAGAUCUGAGUUUCUAGGCUUGCAGUGCCAAAAAUGGUGAAGGUAUUUGGGAGGGUAUUGGUCAGCUCGGAGAUAUUAUCACUGAGCAUGAAAAGAAUAUUCUCCACACGUCAACUGCCUAGCACAGCCACCGCUGA